AUCAUCCGCUCAGCUUUACCUAACAUAAAAUCAAGAUGGCAGCCCCCAUGAAACAUGUUUGCAGAAUAGUAAGGGCUUGCUCAGACAAAUUUUACAAGCAUAUUGGAUUUGGCAACACCUAUAGGACUAAAGGCAUAACAGAAUAUACACGACUGAUAAUUCCACGGAAAUAUCCAUUUUACAGCAAUAGAUUUCAACCUCUCUGGAAACAUGCGAGUUUGACUGCAGUUGGAAUGUGGAGUCUCUUCACUAUGAAAAAAGAGGAAGUUGAUGAAGCUGAGAAAGAAGAAGUUGCUGAAACUGAUAAAGACAAAGAUAAAGACUCAGCUGAGGAUCGAACGGAUAUUGAAAAUUAUGUCAGACUCGCAAAAAUGGCACAAUUGAAAAAAGAAUUUGAUGAAGCUGACAUGUACUAUCAUAAAGCGUUGAAGGUGGCAAACAAGAAAUUCAACGAAGACAAAAUUUCAAAAAAGUUUAGUAUACAAGCUAGAACAUAUAUAUUUGAUGCGAUGGCGGACAUGGCACUCAGUCAGGGCCAGUUUGACAAGGCAGAAGCAUUGUACAAGGACACAUUAAAAGGCUACCUUGAAACUGGUGGGGACCGUAAAGACAAUGCGGUGAUGGAGCUCACCCUAAAACUCUCCAGUCUUUAUGCCAUAAUAAGGAAAGAUCAUGAGGCCAGACUAGGGUUAACAACAGUCAUAGAAUGUCAAGAAGAGAAAAUUAAAACCAAUCCCAAAUCUGAUAUCGAUACCUAUGGUCUCCUAGGUAUUGCUCUUCAGACAUACGGCCGGUAUCUCCUUCAUCAUAAUGAACUAGAGAAAGCUGAAACUGUUUUGUGCCGUUGUGAAGAAAUAUGUACUCAUGCGGUAGGUGAGAAUUCCUCUCAGAUGCUUAAGGUGUUAAAUGAUUUAGCAGCUGUGCAAAUAAUUCAAGCAAGAUACACCAAAGCAGAAGUGACCCUGCAAAAGGCUUUAGUGAUAAGUCAGACCAUGGAAUCAUGUGAUGCAGUACAUGCUAUUUAUAGCAACUUAGGAGCAAUCUCACUCAAACUUUCACAUCUAGAUAUAGCAGAGUCGAGGUGUUCAACGGCAUUCAAACUUGCUAAAGAUGCUGGAGAUGAGUUUGCUCAGAAGCAAGCUCGACAUUGUCUUGAUAAAGUGAAUGAGGCUAGGCAAUCACAGCCUGUCAAGUGAUGCUAUGGAUGUCUAGGAUUUUAGCUAACCAAAAUUACAAUUCCAGACCGAUAUUUAUUUCUAGCUUAUUCUAGUCUGACUAGAGUUGUAAAAGUAGCAGUUAUUUUUAAUAUAAUAACAUAAACACCUGAAAUACUCGAAGGAACACACUUAAAUACAGGGAAACUUAUACUAUAGAAAUGUGUAAAUUACUGCUGGUGAAAUACUAUAGAAAUGUGUAAAUUGCUGCUGGUGAAAGUCAUAUUUAUUUCCUAUGAUAAGGAAUGUUUUCGUUAACAUAGAAAAACGAAAUAACUAUAAAAAAACAAAAUAACUAUAAUUGCUUUUAACUCUAGUUAAAGGAAAAUGACAAAGUGGUGUUAUAGAUCCAGUAGCACUAUAUACCGGUAUAUGGACUCUGACAGAAUAUAUUGACUGGUGAUUCUGAAACCAAACGACAUGUUCAACUUUAAAUGAAAAAUUGUUGAAAUAUGGAUGUUUGUGCCAAGUCUAAAUUAACAAAUAGAUACAUGUGCGUUUGCAGUGUUUUGUACAUCGUAAUACUUGUUGUGUAAAGUGAGCAAUACAAAGCAAUAGGUUGUGUGGAUUCGACAACUACUGGUAUGAAUUCUGCAAUAUAACCUAGUGAAAGAUCUCAGAUUUUUACAAAGUUAUGUAUAAUUGUAUUUGUUAUGUGUGUUUUGUUUUAUAAAUUAAAGAGACAUGAAACUUAA